UGGAGAGGCUCGUGCGCGAGCUUGUUUACUGCGCAGUAAGGCCCCGGCGUCUGGAAGAAGCGAGGACCUGCCCGUGAUAGCAGCGACGUUACGACGACAUCCAACACGGCCAGGGGAGAAACAAAGUCCACCUGUUGAAGUGAAGACGGAAGUAGUUGACGACGAGCCAGAGGAAAUAGAGGAAGAAAUUGAGGACGUCGAAGACGUAGAGGACGUGGACGACGAAGAGGAAUUGGUCGAAGACGAGGAGGAAGCGAUAGCUGAGGACGAAGACGACGAGGAGGCGGAAUCUCUGGGUGAGAGCAUAGCACAGCUGAGUGAGGAGUACUUCACGGACGACGCAAGUGACUACGGGGCUUCACCGAUGCCAAAAAUUCCAAAUGGUAUUCCAGGGAAAGUCUUCCAUGAUUGUGUCCAUGGAUCAAUGUGGCUGCAUCCACUGUGUGUCAAACUUGUUGACACACUUGAGUUCCAGAGGCUUCGUAACAUAAAACAGUUGGGCCUCGCAUAUCUAGUGUACCCAGGUGCAGGCCACAAUCGUUUUGAACAUUCCCUUGGUGUAUGCUACUUAGCAAGUCGGAUGCUUGAAGCAUUAGAACAGAAUUCUACCAAUACAUCAAAUGAGAGGCUUGUAACUGAAGAAGAAGCUCUUUGUGUUCAGAUUGCAGGACUCUGCCAUGAUCUGGGUCAUGGCCCAUUUUCUCAUACAUGGGAACAUUUUGUUAGUGACUAUGAUCCAUCAUGGAAGCAUGAAACUAGCACACUUGAAAUAUUUGAUGAACUAGCAAAUCGUUUUGAUGAAGACUUCAAAAUGUUUGGCUUAGACAGCCCAAAGAAGAAACUAAUUAAAGAGCUGAUCAAAGGAGAACCACUCAAUGAGGGUGAGCCUAUGUCAUUGAGUGCUGAUAAGUAUUUUAUAUAUGAGAUAAUAUCAAAUAAAACUAAUGACAUUGAUGUCGACAAAUGGGAAUACCUCGCAAGAGAUGCAGCGCAGCUUGGUGUGCCAGUAGCAUUUCAAAGCAAACGUCUCUUUGAAUUUUGUAGAGUUGGAUUUGUGGAAGGUGAUGAACGUGCUCACAUAAUAAUCAGAGACAAGGAGGCCAUUACUGUCUUUGCUAUGUUCCAAGCUCGAUCAGAACUGCAUUACUUUGCAUAUCAGCACAGAGUUGUUCUCAGCUUAGAAGAAAUGUUGCUGGAUGCAUUCAGAGAAGCUGACAGAGUUGGAUACACACAUAAUGGGUACAAACUAUCAGAGAUACAUAAGGAUGCGAGAGCAUUUGUGACUUUGAAUGACAGCAUAUUUUAUAAUUUGUUAUACAGCCAUGAUGAAUACUUGGAAACCUCAAGAAGACUGCUUGCUGAUAUAUGUGAAAGAAAAAUAUACGAAUUUGUCUGUCUAAAGCAUAUAACACCAGCAGAGGUUGCUGAACGGAUGCAGUCAAUAAGAAAUCAGACAAAAGAUGAGAGUGAAAUUCAGAGAUUACUGUUAAAAUCUUUUGUUUCAAAUGCAAAAGAAAUGAUACGGAAAACUGGACUUCUAACAGAUGCUCAGGUAGAAAGCCUAAUCUACAAAAAAAUAGAGAUGAAAGUUCGGCAUGCACCUGAAAGAGAUGCUCUCGACACUGUUUAUGUGUACAGUAAAUACACACCUGAGAAGGGGACUGCACUAAGAAACUGGAAGAAUGUUCCUAUUUAUCCUAUUGAUGUUGAAAAAUUGUGUCAUGUUGACAUACUAAUUCUCACAAGGACCAAGCUGAGUGAUACUGUUUUAAAAAAACUAAGAGAACUUAGUGAUCACAGAGUGUUCUGAUGAAGUGGUUAAGUAAGUUUCUUUAAAAUAAAAGAUGAUGUCAUGUUCCUAAGACAGCGAAAUUCAUACUAUUUUUAAAUACUAAGCUGUUCCAAGUCUUAUCUAAGAUGUCAUAAAUCAGUUUUUUGACAUUUGUUAUGAAAAAAGGUUCCACUUUUGUGGGGUACUGUGAAUUAUUAAACAAAAAAUUAAGAGGUACAAAUAUUUUGUAUAUUUUGUAUUUGAAUAAUCUGUCAUUAGUCAUAAUUUAAAUAUAUUUAUUUUCUAAGUAUGUAUGCAUUGUAAAUAACUACCUAAGUUAUUCAAGGACUUGUGGCUUAAUGCUCAAUUAGUGGUGAGCUGUGUGUGAAAUAUCACUCUGAGAUUUUUUUAAUGUGCUUCAUUGUUCAUUUGGUAGUUGCUCUGAAUUAUAAGCACAGAGAUCUAACACUCUCUAAACAGUUGCAGUACUUUCUAGCCUACAGUCUUAUUUUUUCUUCAGUUGUAUGGUGCUUAUGUUGAAACUGAUGUAACAAGUUUGAGUUUUAUUUGGUAAGUUUGAAUUUUAUGUAGCUAUGUUUCACUCACACAAAGAAAAAUUUUAAGUAUGGCUCCAAAAGUGUUUUAUAAUUUCCUGUUGAAAUACCAGUGUCGUGUAACAUUUUAAGUUUAUUUAUUAUGAAAGUCAAUUAUAUUUAUUUAUUUGUGU